AUGUCAUUCUCACCAGAGCACCAGAUUGCGAACGGCAAAUUGACCCCAGAGUCACUUGCGCCGGUUCCUCAAUUCAACUGGGUGUUCUUGGUUGAAUUGAUCGUGAGCGGAAUUCUGACUCUCUUCUUCCUUUUCUACUUUAACCGUCUAUUCGCGACCCUCGUAUCCUACGGAAUUCGUGCGUACACCUGGCAUUACUACCGAGCCUAUAUAGACAUCCAUGCGCUUCAGAUAUCGUUAUUGGCCGGCCGGGUAUUUUUCAAAGGGAUACGCUACCAUGGCGAAAAUGAAACGGUUCUUGUCCAGACAGGCUACAUCACCUGGAGAUUCUGGUCUCGGCCAGCACCGCCGGUAGAUACGUUCCACCAGGAGCGCAAAUCCAGGCGCCCAACGAGCAAGAAUACAAAAUCUGAAGCACAGGAUGGGAUCAAGAAUGCUGGGUCUGCGGAUAAGAAGAAACCGCCGUCUAGGAUUGAAGUUACUCUCAAUGGCCUAGAAUGGUUUGUGUAUAAUAGAAGUCCUGCUUAUGACUCGAUCCUGGCUGGGUUUGGGUUCGCACCGCCUACCAGCCGGCGGAAUGCAUCAUCUGAUAGCCAGGAGGGGGAAGAAGCCCAGCCGGACAUUUUAGAUGGCGGAGAUGAUGAUAGUAAGCACGAGGGCACCUUCUCCAGUCCGUCUGAGCCGCCUCUAGAUCUGUCUGAUACGAAGGAUGUCAACUCGCAGAAGCAAAGAAGAAGGUCGACAAGUUCCCGGGGGAGCCUAACAACUGGAGCCUCUUCACUACCCCAUGGUCCGGAACACGCGUAUGGGCCUCAAAUUCUAUCAUUAUUUCCGAUAUCUAUGGAAUGUCAUAGAGGGGCUUUGGCUAUGGGGAAUGAGAACACAAAAACCAUACUCACCUUAACAUUUGAUAAGGCCGUGGGAAAAAUCGAUGCGGGAUGCUCUGGCCCCUUUGAUGUUUACAGACAGAUAUUCGAAUAUGACCUUUCUCACCCCAUCGUGCAGAUGAAGCCUAACCCAGAUUACAAACAGUCACAACUGGCUGCUGUGAGUGGAAUAGAAGCUACAAAUGAUGCCUCCAAAGAUCGUGACUACAUGCGCGGCUUCCAUCGGCGAUAUCGACAUCAUAGGCGCAGAGUAUGGAAUACUAUUCGUGAUUUAAUUCCUUACUUUCAAAGUUCUGUGGAAUCAUUUCAUCCAAGACAUGAUCAAAGGAGUCGACCUGCGUCUGGUGGGGUCCAUCAAGAUGGUUGGCUUGGUCUAACACGUUAUCUUGACGAGGAGGAGCAGGAUGACCACGAAGGAUGGAACUCGGUAGAAUAUGGGCGCUUUUCAACAUUGCUGGACUCCCCCAGUGUCUAUUUUCGUUAUUACUGGGACGUUGGAGGCCCAGUUGCGAUCUCCAAGGUCAGCCCGAGCCCUUCUACUAAGUGUUCCCCUCACAAUAUCAAUGGCGCAGAGCCUCCCGAAUGGGGUAUGGACAUAACCAUACACGGUGGAUUACUUAACUAUGGGCCAUGGGCAGACCGCGAACGAAUCAAUCUUCAGAACGUUUUCAUCCCAAACUCAUAUCGGGACUCGCAGGUUACUCCUGCACUUAAACCUGGGGAGACGAGACAAAGUAUUGCAUUUGUUUUGAACAUCCUCAUCGAUGAAGUUACUACGCUUCGUAUUCCUACAAGGGAGGCAUCAAAGGACUGGCAAUGGAAGGGCCGUGCAGAUCACUCGCGAGGAACGUCUCGUGUGAAGAAAAAUAAAGACAAGGACCGUUCUCGAGGGAACGAAGCUGAGAAAUCUGGGAGCCAAGGUCCGGAUAUUAGGCCGUUCGGCUGGUUAUCCCUCAAAGUCAGCCCAGGCUCAACAAUCGUGUAUUCAAUGGCGAUGUUUGCGAGUAGUCAUGGAUAUUGCAACAAAGUGGAUAUUGACCUGCGCCAAACGAAAAUGGCCUCAAGUGUGAAUCAUGGCAUGUUAUGGCAAAGCGAACGUCAAGUCAUUUCCUGUGAUCUCUCAAAUCCGCUUCAAUGGAAUAGCACCCAUAACUGGUUGGUUGAUGUGGAAAGUACCAAACUGGAGCUGUUUUUACUCUGGGACCAUCUAAUUCUACUCACGGACCUCAUCACCGACUGGACUUCGGGGCCCUUCCAAGAAUAUUAUACAUUUGUUCCGAUCAAAUACCACCUUUCGUUCGCCUUCCCUGAUUUCAAGUUAUUGGUAAACGUCAAUGAUUUGAAUAUCAUCAAUAACCCCUCCGACCUUGACGAUAACUCAUUCUUGAUUAUCGAAGGAGAGAUAAUAACUGCUCGUGUGGAUAUCCCAAUCGUUCAUCACAAGGCAAGCCGCAACAUAGCCACUUUCGAUAUAGAAGGCUCGAAUGGAGAUUUGAAGCUCUCAACCCCUCUGUGGAACACCCAACGCACAUUUUUGGACGAUCGACCUGUUGGUGGACUGGACACACUGAAAAUUGACGGCAGCUACGCGUGGUAUAAUAUGACGUCGCCGAAAGUAACUGACGUUGUGAUUAUAAACUUAUCUGGCAGUGCACCGUACCUCUACCUCUACGGUUUUAUAUUGAAGAAUUUUCUCGACGUCAAUGAAAACUACUUUGGCAGAACUAUCCACUUCAAGACCUUGGAUGAACAUAGGGCAGCGGUCGAUGCCGGUACUGCUAAUGGGCUUAGCGGCUCUAACCCGGCGCCUCACACCAAUGGCCUCGAUGUCAUUCUUCAUAUUGCAGCAGAUGAUAUCAAAGUUCUUCUCCCAACUGGCUUAUACGAUAGAAACGAGAGUCUUGUGUUAAAGGCAACAUCGCUAGAUUUGGACGUAAGAUUCACGAAUUAUUACAUGGAUUUUCAUUCCUCCUUGUCACCUCUGGAAAUCUCGGUGCUGUCAGAAAAACCGGGUGCUCCGUCGAUUAGGUCCGGUCCUCAACUAUAUAUCGAUGGCCUGGAUAUCUUUGGCCAUAGGCUUUUUGGGCUGCCCCCCACCGAGCCUACUUACGCGUGCAACUGGGAUUUCCAAGUAGGAUCUAUCGUCGGGGAGUGCUCGUCCUCGUUCAUAAAGUCAGCUAAGUCGGCCUUCGAAUCUUUGGCUUUCUCAUUUGAUGAUGAUGAGAAUGCCUUGCCGCCUAUACAGACAGGAGUUUACGAUGUUACUUUCUUGCGCGCGAAUGUGAAGUCCGUUAGGGUGUGGGCACUGGUAGACGAGGCGGCAUUUCUAUUCAAAACAGGAAGCAUUGACGUGGAGUUUAAUGACCGAUGUGGCUCGAAAAUGUCACUAUUCGUCAAUUUGACAGUUCCAGACGUGACCGUUGCAGCGGUAGAUCGUACAGCAGCACGCUCUCAAGUUGAUUUUCGCAAUCCGGUUAAGACCUAUGCUUGCUUCCAUACAUCACUGAAACUCAGUACUUUGGGGAGGAGAGAGGACUUUAGCCAUUAUCGCUCUCUACAGCAAAAUCAUAUCAGGAAGCACGAUUCGCGAACACACCGUACUCUAUGGCUUCUUCUUGACGAGUUUGCGUCUCCGACAGAAGAUGAGACCAACCCACGCUUCAUCCCCCCUACUAUGCCUGUUCCCUCUAUGCCAGAACCCAUUCAGUCUCCACCAAGCCCUGAAUAUAGCCCAUAUUUCCAAACACCGCAUCAGUCUCCUUCGAAAGACCUUCUUGGCUUUACUGAUAUUCCCUUGACGUCCAGCUUAAACCCCACCCCUGACCAAUACAUACCUGGGGAGCAACGUGUCAGGCCUAUCUCAACUACGUGGGCUAUGCCAAAAUUCCCGUUCUAUAAGGUUGAGCCUGAUGAGACGAACGUCCCUCCCAUCCCAUCUGGCUCUGAAUUUUUCCUUGGCCAAAAACAAACAUACGAGGCUGAUCUUGAACGGCUCGAUAAUGAAGACUGUAUUGAUGGCUCCCAGGCCACCAUUGUUUUCACAUUAGAGCCUGGUUUGACCGGCUUUUGUUCGCCAGAAGCACUAUACGCCGUUUCCUCACUCCUAGAAGAUAUCCAGCCACGUCACCCUAUAGAGAUCCUUGACUCAUUCCAGGCAAAGUUGACGAGUGCCGCGCUUCGAGUGCAAAAGGCUGCCAAUAAGAAUACACAGAAAACUUCUAUAUUUUCUCUUGAGAUACCUAUAUGUCGUAUUCGAUUGUUGAGCACCUCCUUAAGGCCCAGCGGUUCGGCCGAUACCAUUAGGGACCAAUACCACAUCGAUCUCUUUCAUACUCGUGCAAUUUUGCGCGAGAAGAUUUUUCUAGAAGCUAAUGCCUGCGCGAAACCUACAAAAUCACUUACAGCACGCGUAACAUCGCACUCGCUAUCGGUUUCUGUUCGGGAAGAGAAGCCUGAUGCUCCAGGCGAGCUUGGCUUAUGCGCUUUCAAGAUAUCUGACAUCGCCUUUUGGUUACUUGAUGAAAAGGAUAUUAAGUCCCGCCUUCAGGUACAAAACAUCGGCAUUGUGUCAUCUAAUGAGUCAGUUGGAAGGCUCGGACUGCUGGUGGACCGAACAAUCAAGAUGGUUGACUCCAUCUCGGCCAAGUUCCAACAGACCUCAACUACCGAUGAAAACCGCCUGCUAUACCUGGUUUAUUAUCUUGCAAAUGCAGGUGCACAAAUGCCAGAACCUCAAUUCAUGACACGUCUAUCUUAUGCUCUCAGGGUUACAAAGCCACAUCUCCGGCUUGACGAUGCUUGGAAGAUUAUGUCGCGACUUCGUAAUAUCUACAAGUCAAUCGCGACAGAGAAACAGAAACAACUGCGGAUAGACUGUCAAGACAACCAAGUUCCCUGCCCUGCUGAUGCUAAGGCAGUUAUCUUGUCGAUUUUCGAAACUUGGCGCACUUGGGAGUUGACCCCUAUCAGAAAAAGCCUUAUCGUCAAGGCCCUUUGGGGUGAGGAUGAGAUGGAUGACAUGGCCGCUAGUCAGCUAAAGGCGAUCGACGCAACAGUGUUCUUCCGAUCUCUUCGUGUUUCACUAGAUCCGGGCCCAAGGGAGAACGGUUUCCUUGUCGAAAAUAUGUCAAGUACUGUGCGCUUUAGGGCUGAAAAUUUGGGUGUUUCGCCUACUCAGAAGUCAGGGCUGUUAGUUGUACAAAACCACUGCUCAAACGCAUCUUUACAACUGAACUGGGAACUAUGCGAAGUCCUCGAUGGGAUUCUAAAGAGCAAACCGAGCGAUGCCCCCCAGCCAAGCAGUGCCCCAAACACACCGCCGCAUCAACCCAACAAGGUGUCUAAAGAUAAACAUGAGAUCCAUGUUAUUUUUGUGGCUGAUCAAGGGUCUGCCACCCUGGAUGGAAUCAACCUGAGGCUUGGGUUACUAGGGAAAGCAUUAAAAGCGUCCAUGAUCCAUCAACCGGACUCAGCGUCAGCUGGAGAAACCAUAAGCGUAAUACUAGCGUCCGAAAUGUCCUCAGCACGACUCACCAGCCACUCAAAACCUCUCAUGGAGUGGAAAUUCCAUAACCCGAACAUCUUUUUAUCCCAUCAUUCCCAAGAAAUGGAUACACAUAUCGAGCAUGACUGGAAAUGUGCUGCUACCUGCGAAAAACUAAGAUACGAGGUGACAGAAAACCCACUUGGGCUUAUUCAUGUGGCCGACCGCGUGGUGGAGGACGAAGUCAAGUAUAUAUUGAAUAUUGCUGGGCAUCCUUCCUCUGCAACUCCGCAAGUUAGUUUGCCUAAACAAACCAAGCAAGACGUCCAUCACUUCCACGUUGCCACUUUCCUCGACGAUUACCAGAUCCGCCUCGCGCUCCUCCCGACGGUAGAAUACACCAUCGGAGGCGACGUAGCACGACUGUCCGUCACACCUCUUGGCCGUAUGAGGUUCGAAUUGGACUACGAUAUCAAAAACAACCUGCACACAAUUCAGUCAAAUAAGGAUGGGAACUUGCGCAUUUUAUCAUCAAUGGCAAUUCCACCUAUCAAUGGGAGAGUACGUCUUGAUAUGACGAAUGACCCAAUUUUCACUGAUAUAGACACCACCAUUGAAAUUGUGCAUGUUGAUGCUAGUGCCGUGCAGAAUAUUCUAAGUGCUAUCAAUGGGCCUGAGAUAUCACAUUUCGUUGAAGAUUUAAGUCAUGAUGGGAAUAUCCUCAAGUCACACCUUGACCGAGUCUUAUCAACUGGUUCCUCCGCACCGCCAGUGCAAAAGGAUGUCAAUAAACAGGGAAUUGUGUAUCAAGUACGGCUUACAUUCGCUGGGAUUAAGACUCAUGCUUCUUCGCCAGGCUUGCGAACCAAAGACCACUCUGCGGAUAUGUCUCUUGAGUUUGGGACGAUUCAAGUACACGUGGAGAAUGCCGCUGUUCCUGGGAUCCGCAACACACGCCCGGAGUUCCACGUGUACCUGUCACAGAUCGGUGUCAACGUUAAGAAGAAAGGCAAAUACGAGACCGUCUCUCACGGCAAAGUGGCCCUAGGUGCACGAUUUAGCGGCUCACUAAAAGAUUUGGCAGAUGGACAGGCCAUGCGGCUAUUCCACCUAACCAGCUCGGGGUUGGAGGUUGAGAUAUCUGCUGAAACUGCUUCUCUAGUAGUUGACAUUGUCGCUCAUUUACAGGAAACCAUCAAAACGAUUGAUAACUCUCAGGAAAUUGCGCACUUGAGGAAGAUUCGCAUGAUAUCAUUUCCACGAAGGAAAAAUAAAGAAAUAACCGAAGCCACCACUACUAACACCGUCGAUAAUGACCCUCGAGACGCACUUGCAUUUUUGGAUGCAACCUAUUCUGUGGAGCUUUCUAACAUCCAAGUUAGCUGGCUAGUUUCAGAGCCUUCUCCCCAGGACCACGGCGCCGGUAUGGAGGAUCUUGUGUUUUCCAUUAGUAAGGUUGAACUUACCACGAAGAAGACCAAUGCGGCAAGACUGCGUAUCCAGAAUAUGCAACUGCAAAUGGUACCGGUAUCCGAUGAUAAAAAGAAGCGAUCCCAAAAUUCUGCCCUGCUGCCAGAGGCAGUGUUCAAUGUUUCAUUCUUAUCAAUCAACUCCAAGUGGAAACUGGCGUUUCAAGCUGCAGGGAAAGCUCUCGAUAUACGCUUCACCUCGGAUUUUAUUAUCCCAGCUAGUUUGUUGCAGAAUUCGUUGGCAUCUGGCGUUGAAAGAGUGCGCGAGGCCAAAUCGCUAUGGACAACUGAAUUCCUUGAGAACCCUAAUGUAGGGAAGGAAACCCUUGGGUUUAAGCAGCUAGACUCGCUUUUAGUUGAUGCAGAUUUUGCUGGAGCAAUAGUUGCUUUGCAAGAAAGACAUGUUCCUGGCACAUCCACGCCAAACAUACCGAGCAACAGGAGUAGUAUGGGCUCAAAUGAUCAAAGAUAUGGACAAGCUUGGUCCGGCGACUCAGUCUCCACAGCAACUCUUCGAGCCCCUGGUGUGGCUUUGAAGGUUCGAUUUGAGGGCUCAGAAGCGGAUACCCCCAUUCUUGAAGCAGAAAUGAAAGUCGACGCAUCUUCCAAUGUUCUCCAUCCUAGCGUAGUACCGCUCCUUACUCAGAUUUCGUCGACUGUACAGGAUGUGGUUGGGAGACAAGAAAAGGGAGGAGGUGGGCAGGUGGCAAAGGAACACACCAGCAAGCCAUCCCAGGACAUAUCUAUUGACCCAACGACCAUACUCGGUCGAUGCAAGCUGAGCAUUGGUCUUUGGAUCCGCAAACAGGAAUUUACUCUGAGUUGUCAACCAAUUGCGCGAGUUGUAGCAACAGCCGGUUUCGAAGAUGUCAAUAUCACAGUUAACACGGUACAAUCGGAAGAACAACGGCGAUUCUUUGCAGUGCUGAUGACUUUUAAUAAGCUACAAGCAUCUGUGAAGCAUGUUUACUCCAAUGAAUCCACCGCCAGUUUCGAUGUGGACUCCAUUGUGGUGUCAAUGAUGAACAGCAAACAUGUCAGUUCCAGCAGUGGUAUUUCGGCUAUCCUAAAGAUCAGCCCUACAAGAUUGCAAAUGAAUGCCAAACAAGCCCAGGAUUUCCUCCUUUUCCGCGAAAUCUGGACACCCCCAGACGACCAAUUCAAGCGAUCAGCACCGACACAUGAACAGUCUUCGGAAGCCCAAGCGUACAUGGUUCAAAGAUACCAGCAAAUGGCGGCCGCUGGCGCAUUCCCAUGGAACUCAACUUUGGCAAUAGAUUCACUGGACAUACAACUAGACUUGGGACAAACGAUAGGGAAGUCAGACUUUACCAUAAAGAAUCUCUGGGUAUCGUCAAAGAAGACCUCGGAUUGGGAACAAAAUCUAUGUAUUGGGUUUGAAACCAUCGGAAUCGAAAGCCGAGGGAGACUGAGCGGGUUUGUUGAGCUGUCCAAGUUCAGGGUACGCACGUCCAUCGAAUGGCCUAGCGGCGUGAUUUCAGCGGGCCACACUCCUCUCAUUCAAGCAGCAGUCGGAAUUGGCAAGCUACAAGCCAAGGUGUCGUUCGAGUACCAACCUUUCCUCGUCGUCGAUGUGGACGCGUUCGAUUUUUUCAUGUAUAAUGUCCGAGACGAGGGCGGGAAACAUAACGAUCGCCUCGUCAGUGUCCUUGAAGGUGAUAAACUACACGUAUUCUGUACUACAAUGACAGCAUCACAGGGACUUGGGCUAUAUCAAACAUUGCAACGACUGAUACAAGAAAAACAAGCGGCCUACCAGACCUCCCUGAGGGAGGUGGAAAACGCCCUACAUCGGAAAACACUUUCACUUGGAGCCCUUCCACUGGAAACUAUGAAAAAACCAGCACCAAAAAGCGACACUAGUGAUAUCAGCCUACCAAUAUCCCUCCAGACAAGCGUGGUGGUGAACUUACGCACCAUCAGAGUCGGGGCGUUCCCUAAUAGCUUCCAUGACAACCAGGUCUUCAAACUGGAAGCUCUUGACGCUGAAGCUCGGUUUUCGGUUGUGAUUGAAGAUGGCAAGAUACAUACCGGCCUGGGACUGACACUAGGACAGCUUCGGGUUGCCUUGUCAAGCGUAAACAGUUCAGGACCUCCUACAGCAAGUGACCUUCCAGUUGAUGAGAUCGUUAGCCGUGCCACCGGCUCUCGGGGCGGGACUAUCCUCAAGGUUCCCCGAGUCGUUGCGACGAUGAAAACAUGGCAAACCCCUACCUCCAACCAUAUUGACUAUAUCUUCAAGAGUUCGUUCGAAGGCAAAGUGGACGUUGGCUGGAACUAUUCACGCAUUGCGUUUAUUCGAGGCAUGUGGAGCACCCAUUCUCGCGCUCUCGCGAGUCGACUGGGCAAGCCGCUCCCCCAGGCUGCCGUCCAGAUCACGGGCGGACCAAAGGCAGAGGGAGAGGAAGGAGAAUACAACGGACAAGAGAAGAUCACCGCCGUCGUGAACGUCCCUCAGUCACGGUAUACAUAUACCCCGAUAGAGCCGGCCGUCAUCGAGACCCCUCAGCUUCGAGACAUGGGAGACGCUACACCACCGCUAGAAUGGAUUGGCCUACAGCGUGAUCGACUGCCUAACAUCACACAUCAGAUUAUCAUCGUUACGCUGAUGGAGAUUGCAAAGGACGUCGAGGACGCAUACUCGAAGAUUCUCGGUUCGUCAUGA